CCUAAAAUUCGAAUUUCCCUCCGGACGCCAAUCCAUUUCCCACUAUUCACCGAUGGAAAAUUGAGCAAUUUUUGUGCCCAAAUGCUGUUUUUUGUUUGCGAUUAAUCGACCCAUUUCCUCCUUUUCUUCAAAUCUUCUGUUUGUUAUUCAGUUCUAAUUCCCCAAUGCAGAUUUCUCUUCGUUUGUUUCGUAAUCUAUGAUUUUCCCUUCGUUUUCUGUUCUAUUUUUCCCCAAUCGAGGCGUAUUCGAUCCUCCCCUGUUUGUGUUCUCUAUAUUUUCAAGGACCCAUUUUACCUCCAUCGCUAUUUAGCUUUUUCGUUUUGCCUGAUGGGAACAAGACUCGUUGUAUUGAGCGCUAACGCGGUUUGUACGUAUUUCGCUCCCUUGUUUGUUAAUAUGCAAUGCAGAGAAGAAUCUCGGAGAUAAAUUGUACUUCUCUUGGGAUUAAUCUGUCGGGAAAUUAUUUGGAGAGUAAAGCUUGAGGGUUUGCAGUUUGCUUCUAAAUAUGAGUUCGAAUCCAUUUUGGCGCGAGAUGUCAAUCAAGUUGCACUAUGCUGAUACAAAGGGUGGUUCAGGUACCCAGAAAAGGCUGAAGGAUCUCACAUCUCAGUCUGCCAAUAAGUUCUGCGCAGAUUGUGGAUCUCCAGAUCCGAAAUGGGUAUCUUUGAGUUUUGGGGCAUUUAUAUGCAUCAAGUGUUCUGGAGUACACCGAAGCCUUGGAGUGCACAUAUCUAAGGUUCUUUCAGUGAAGUUAGAUGAUUGGACAGAUGAGCAAGUUGAUGCUUUGUCGAGUAUAGGUGGAAAUACUGCCGUAAACAGAAAGUUAGAAGUUUGCAUCCCAGAUGGUAAUAAAAAACCACAACCAGACUCUUCUAUAGAGGAGCGCUUUGACUUUAUAAGGAAAAAAUAUGAGCUGCUACAGUUCUCAAAUCUUGAUGACCAGUUUUUCUGUCCUUUUCCACCAGUGCAGAAGAGAUCUACAUCAUUAUCGCUUACCUGUUCUACUGAUAAUGGAAACCAAGAAAAGAGGAAUUUUGAGAAACAACCAACAAAAACUCGAAUUGGAAAUGCAAUCCGGAACACCUGGGUAAGAAAGGAUUCUGAACAUAGGACCUGCAAGAAGGCUCCAUUGGUGUUAAGCAGCUCAAUGGCAGGUAUGAUUGAAUUUGUUGGUUUAAUUAAGGUCAACGUGGUUAGAGGAACCAAUUUAGCUAUCAGGGAUGUCGUGACGAGCGAUCCGUAUGUAAUUCUAUCAUUGGGUCAACAAUCAGUUAAGACACGUGUCAUAAAGAGCAGUUUAAAUCCAGUGUGGAAUGAGAGCCUAAUGUUGUCAAUUCCAGAACACAUUCCUCCACUAAAAGUGCUUGUGUACGACAAAGAUACGUUUUCAACCGAUGACUUCAUGGGUGAAGCGGAAAUUGAUAUCAAUCCACUGCUCACCGCCGCCCGAGCAUGUGAGAGGUCCGUAGUCAAAGAACCAAUGCAGCUAGGCAAAUGGGUUGCAAGCAAGGAUAACACCCUUGCAAAGGAUGGCAUCAUCAGCCUCGUAGAUGGGAAGAUUCGUCAAGACAUCUCAUUGAAGCUGGAGAACGUCGAGAGGGGUGUGCUCGAGAUGGAACUUGAAUGUGUUCCUCUUAGUCAGUAGCUGAACCGUCCCCCCCAUUCCAAUACCAAAUCAACUGAGCCUUUCAAAUCACGUAUUAGGAAGGAAACCAUAGAUAGAGUUUCUUUUUAGAGAUUACUGCAAAUCAUUCUCUGGAAAUGGAGACAGAUUACUCUUAGGAAUAUCAUAUCAAUGGAAGAAAUAGCUGUGUUUGAAGGAUCCUGAGGAUUCUUGUGUUCACAGUUGCAAGUUUGGCAGAGUUGAAGCAUUUUUGAAACAAUAUCUUUAGCAUAAGUAACAUUAUUGACCCCUUUAAUGUUUCUGUAAACUAUAUGGAGUUGAGGAACAUUCUGCAGUUUGUUUAUAUGAUGAUGGAGAGGAGAAAGAACUUGGCCUGUAUUGUACUUUGGAAAAAAGUGAAAUCAAUUUGU